AUGCAGGCGGGGAGCCGGAGAGCCUGCGGGCGGGGAACCGGAAAGCACAGCCCGGCUCCGCGGCUCCUCCUGCGCGCGAGCCCACGUCCUCCGCCCACGAGUCCCCGGGCCCGGCCGCCAUUCCGCCCCGCUGCGGCGCGGCUCGGCUCGGCGGCUCAGGCCUCGCCGGGCGCCUGGGCUCGGCCGCCGCGGCCCCAGUCACUGCGACACCGCGGCUCCGGCCCGGGCCUGCGCCGCCGCCGCCGCCUCCCCUCGGCCCCGGCGCCGCCGCCACUCACCCUCAUUUCCCUUGCCCGGGCCCCGGUUAAAUCCCCGUCCCGCCAAGGUCUGGCUGCGUCCCUCAGCCGCCGGGGCUGCCCCGCCUGGAGCUGCGUGCGACACGGCUCCCGCCUCCUCCUCCUCCUCCUCCCCUGCCCGCCCGCCGGCCCUCCUCCCGCCGCCGCCGCCGCCGCCGCCUGCACCACGCAACCUCCGCCCUCUCGCCUUUCGUCCUCGGCUCCCCGCCCUCCCGGCCUCACCGGCUCCGGCUACCGUGGGGGAGAAGCUGGUGGGGGAGGGCCGGAACGCACCGCCAUCGGCGUCCGGGGCGGGGGAGCCGGGAAACCGUCGCCGCCAUCUCCCCACAAGCCCGAGGCGCGGGAGGGGCCCGGAAACCUCCCGCCCGGCGCGGCCACUGCCCCGGGGUCGUCCCCCGCGCCGGCCGGGGCCCCGCGAGCGGGAGCGUGUUUCUACCUGAAAGCCCGCGGCCCCUUCCCCUGGGCGCCCGCGCCCUCCCUGGCCCCGGCGCACCGGCUCCUCCUCCGGGUUUUAGAGCCUCCCUCGCCCUCGGGAGCCUCUGAGGACCCGGCUUCCCGCCACUUCGGACCUCGCGAGGAGGGGGUCACCUUUUUUAGGUUGGGGGCACCGGAGCAACCGCCCCAGAACACCCUGGAAGAGAGGGUCUUGCACCUCCGCCCGCCCCUCCGCUGUGCGCGCACACACCACACAACGCCCCGAACCAGCAUGGAAACACCACCGCCACGACACCCGGUUAAGAAGACGCCCCCCCCCCUUUCCGCAACAUCCCCGACGGGCCGUCGAGCAAGUCCGGGCCGGGCAAGAGGCCCCGAAAACCGGGCACAGGCUUCAGAGAAACGUGUCGUGGGUUCUCGAGCCCCUCUGCCCCCGCAGGCCGUGGCCCGCAGCGCCUGAAAGCCUGCGCUUCUCGGUGUAACCCGGAGUCGUUAAUGGCAUUCAGUCGGGAUUAACUGUCACUUGGGCACUUGAAACACGCUAAACGCUAAUUUUUGGAGCACCAAGAGCCCCUGGGCUUCCUCUGCUGAGAGAGGGUGGAGAAAGCAUGGACUUGGGCUCAGUGAGGGGCUCCUGCUUCAAUAUCACGGUUCCCAACAUACCAGAGAGCUGGCUGAUUCCAUGACCAAGAAAGGAUUUCCAAUGAUCCCAGCUGGGCGAAAGAUGCGGGCGCAUGUCACUUCCCGUUUUGCUUCAAACCAAAACAGGACGGAGAUUCUAGGACCCCCUUGGGGUCGAAAUCCUAGGCCCCGAGCAAAAGCUGCCCCUCAGAGUCCACAGUUUGUCCUGAGUAACAUGGGUUUUUCUUAGAAGUAUCCCACUGCUAACGCGUGGCUCCCUCUAUUCGAAAUGUGGUCUUCUGCCAACAUCUAAGUACCUUCAGAAGUACCGCAUCUGUAGGGGCGCCUGGGUGGCUCAGUUGGUUAAGUGUGCCACUUCCGUUCAGGUCAUGAUCUCCCGGUUUGUGGGUUCAAGCCCUGCCUUGGGCUCUGCCCUCUCAGGGCAGCACCGGCUUGGGAUUCACCGUCUCCCUCCCUCUGCCCCUCCCCCCACUUGCACUCUUUCUCAAAAUAAAUAAGCAUUUAAAAAUAAUAAAAUAAAUAGAUUACCCUGUCAAAAGAACACUUAGAUGUAUUUAACAACUUUUUAUGGGCCUGCCGUAAGAUGGACGCUAAAACUGGGAGGCUUAACCCUGUGGAGGAUGGUUUCCACUAUACCUAUACGGCUUCUUUGAUAUCAUCAUUUCUUCCCCUUACUGGAGCCUGUGCUUUCCUCUGACCACGGUCUAUCUCAUUUCCAUCUUCCUAACCUGUGUUCUUCAAUGUUAGCAUUCGGCAUGUUCUCCUUGUCUUUGACCUCCCACCGCUAAUAUACCAGCCAACUCUCCCUUUACUGUUCGUUUUUCCCAUUUUCUACUUUUCUUUGGUGGAAGUAUUUCAUCCACCUACACCACCCUCUCUACUUCUCCCUGCCUCGGUGCCUGGUGGUUAACUGGCUUGUAUCGUUUACUUGCCACCCGCCUGCGCUAUCAUUCUUAGCCGGUUAAACUAUUCCAUUGGCUUUUAUAGCCACUUUACGACCAGGCUGCGUCUACACACCUACUUGAGGCGGGUAACCUUGACUUAUACCUAAUAGAUCAAGGGCGUCUACUCUCUUUCCACUCCAAAAAAUCCUUCCUCCAACUUUCUCCCCCAUCUCAGCAAAAUUGAUGGCCGCCUUUCAGAUGACACAAAGUUUGGAGGGAUGAUUGCCUGGCUAGAUGUCAGAAUCAAACCUCAAAAUAGUCUCGGACUAGAACAUUAGGUAUAAACCAGUGAAAUAAAAUAGAACUUUACAAAUCUAAAGCCAUACGAUGAAGUUCAAAAAGCCCAAGUUUUCGAUUCAGGCGGACCCUGAUUUAUACUCAAACGACUCUCUUUUCCUCUAGUUAAGCCAACUGUUAAAUGGGGAUAAAAAUACUUACCUCCUAAGGUUGUUGUGAAGGGUAAUGCGUUUAUAAUUCCUGCAUGAUUCUUGAAACACCAAGUAUUGGUUCCCUUUCUUUCCUUGUCUUCCAUAAAAUGUCUUCCAUUUUCUAAGUCACAGGGACCUGAAAACUCAAAAUUCUGACCUCUCACCAUCCCGGGCACCAUCCUAGAGAAAUCUUUUGUCUAUUUUCGCUCACUCUGUGAGAGCAGGAAUUAUCAUAAUCAUACCCAUCUUCCAGCGAAGAAACCCAGGACUUAGAAAGUAGGCAAUUUGCUCCAAAUCACUCAGCUUGGUCGAUGGCAUAACCCGAUCCAGUGACUCCCCGGUCCAUAUGUAUCCACUCUUUCUCUAAGAUAUUUUCCCACGCUAGAAUGUUCCUUCAACCUCAUUUUCCUGGUUCUGAUCUCCUCUCUCCUUCCAGCCUGCGCAGUGACUGGCUGCAGAUUGUUCUUUCCCGGCUGAUAGCUUGGCCCUCGUAUUUUGUCCUUUCAAACUUUUUAAUACACACCCUUGCCGCCCUCCGUUGUUCAUAGGGUUGCUCUGACCUGGCACUUAAGGUUCACCAGAAUCUUGUCCUAACUUACUUUUCCAAAUGUAUUUCCAGCCACCUCCCAAAAGGAAGUCCUAACUUCAUCCAGUCUUGUUGGGCCUAUUUGUUGGCCCAUAAAUACCAGCCUUGAAGCACUAUUUCUGAGUGCUUGCUUCCUCCUUGAACAGAAAAAUUUCCCUCUUCCUUUCAUACGUUUGCAAACCCUGCUCCCAUUUUGAGCUCAUCCCCUUCUAGGAACCCUGCUUUGCACCUUCUACCCAGGCUUUUGUGAUCUCUUCCUAAUGGCCAACUUCUCACAAGUGCCUUUAAACUAGAUAGUCUGUGCCUUGGGUCAUGCAGUAUUUCUUAAAGUUCACCAGGCCCCUCAGCAUUGUCCCUAAAGAACACUGAAGAAUAUUCAAACAUAUAUGUUUACUGAUCCAAUGAAAGGGUACCAGGCCACUAGACUAGCCAUAUGAGCUAUUAUUUCUAAGACAUGCUUAAGGAAUUAGCCAUCCAGUGCAAAGUAAGUUCACUUAAUGGGAUGGUUCCCCAAACUGCCUUUGCUUCAGAAUCACCUGGGGACUUGAAUACUGAUUUUAGGGCUCCUUCCAGAUCGACUGAGUCCAAAUUGGGUAGGCAGGGGCAGGGAGGGAAUUUGAAACUGCCAGAGUUUGUUUAUAUCCUGGCUUUACUACUUAUGAUGUGGGUGACUUUGAGCAGGUUACUUAAUCUCUCUGUGCCUCAGUUUCUUCAUCAAUGAAAAGGUGGUGAUAAAUGUUCUCAUAGGUUGUUGUAAAUUACGUACUUAAUAAACAUAACCGAUGAUGCUGA